UUUUGCUCUAUUUUUGCUAUCGAUAAAACAGAGCAAAAAAACGUUAAAAUUUUACCGACGUUAGAAAAGUCACGUGACCACUCUAGCCCCUUAAUACAAUAAUUAUUACAAUACAAUAACAAAAUCUACAAUCCAAUUUUGAAAAUAGUAAGUAAUCGAACACCAAGUUCGAUAUCCAGAUGACACUAUCGUCUCCAGUAUUCGGGAAGGGAAAAAAACAAAAGAGCGUAACAUGUGCCAGUCGAGCCAGUGUAUCGGUAUCGGUUAGGUUCAUCGUUUUGCAACGACAAGCAGUUUUCCUUCAAUCAGCAAGUGUCGCUACAAGUUCAAAUUGAAUCCUGUUCCCAGAAACCAAUCAGUGUUCUCUAAUCAAUUUUCACAUUAAUUUCGAACCUAUCCCAGACGAAGUUGUUCCUUCGUCAGGUUUCGUGUUGCGAACAAAGUAUCUCUGGUUCGACCAGCACCGAUUGAUAAGUGCGAACAGAUUAUUCUCACUUCUUGUCCGAGAAGAAGCGAGACAGUCAUAAGAUGGAGGGAGAUAGUCGCAGGGACGAGUCCGAGGAUGACGUGAGCGUGAUUGCUGUGAUAGGAAAAGAAAACGAUCGAGCCUACCGGGGUGACGAACGAUCGGGAGAGAAACAAGAACAGGAGGAUCGAUGGGUGUUCGAGUUGAGCGACGAACGAUGCAAAAUGGCACUCCGUAAGCAGUUCGACCUCGACUCGUUGUCGACGGAGACAGAGGAGUACGAAGGGAUCGAGGUCCUUCAAAAACUCCCUCCGGGGACGAUAGUCAUCAAACAGGACAAGAAGUAUAAAGACGACAGCGAUUACGUGAGGGACUCCACUGAAACCAGCAGUGGUGGCUCCACUUCUGGCAGUGGCCCACCCAAAGUCAGGAGGGUCCAUCGGGCUACGAGGAAAACGUACGUUUUCCAUUAUUCUAUGAUUUGUGUCGGUCUGGCUGCCGAGUACCUGGGGCGAUAUUUCACAAGUCUGGACGGUUUUUCAUAUCGAGAGAUCGUCGAUCGACCAGAGAUAGAAGUAGUAUCCGUGGACCCCCGCUGUGACCUUCUAUCCUCAUCGAAGAAGCGUAGCAGAAAAAGCAAAAGCAGAUCAAAUUCGAGGACAAGUCCUUCUGACAGUAAAUCCUUUGAGAGCUGCAUGCACGAGAGUCUACACUGCGUUUUGGGUUAUUGUUCUCAAUUAAUGACACCGUCGUACGAAGCAAACGUCGAAGGGAAGUUAAACGUCUUAAACGACAUCAUGAGAUCGUCAAACACUCCAAAAGAAACUGAGAGUACCAACACAAACGACCAAACAAGAAACGAGCCUUCCGUCAGUUCCAAGGAAGGAUUACAAAAGUCCGAGGAGAAUAAAUUUCUAGAUAAUUACACGGUGGCUAUGAUACCCCAGAACAGCUUCACGCAGAUGCCAAAGGCGAGGUUAUUCCCCGCUCAGAAGGUCUACGUAGCGAAUUCGCAGAAAUCCAUCGCCUUCGCUAAUCUAAAAACGUUCCCAUCUGGCCAGAUGAAGAUUCAAGACAUGAUGCGGUCGUCUAAGACCCCUUUUAUUCUCGUCAACCCUUCAGAGGUGAAGGAGAGCCAAAUUCUUAAGCCAGUGAAUAACGUAAACGUGAUCAAAGUCGAGGAAUCGUCCACCGAAGAGACUUUAGGAGAAUUAUCCUCAAUUUACACCAACGACUCGAACGACUUAAAUGCCAAGCAGGCAUCGAAGAAAGGGAACAAAGUCGAGUUCACUGUGACUAAAUAUUUGCUGGACAACAUGCAACAGACUAAAUUUCAAAUUGGCAGAGACUCCACUUCUAAUGAAAAAAAGUUAUUCAACGAAACUCCUAAAGAGUUAAACACGAAGAGUCCUGCUGGUUCUAAUAAAACUUGGAGCACGAGUGACGCUGCAGAGAUUGCAAAGAUCCUCUCAGAGUACAAUAAAAGCAAUUUAAAACGCCCUGCCAUUGAAAACCAGACUUCCUUCUGUGGCAUGAAGAACAUAAGAGUAAAAGAAUUGUCUAAUAAAGACGAGAAUCCAAAGCAAGGUUUCAGUGAAAGCCCUACAGAUAGAAACGUGAAUAUAACAUUUCCUCAAGGAAAGUGGCGACGGUUUCACUUAACAGUGGAGAAGUUGAAGGAUCUUAAAAACAGCCCCAGUGAAAAGAAGUCGAUUUCCACUGUGCAGAGCAGGCAGUCGAUUUUUAAAAUCGAUCAGAGUGGCGAAACUUCUGAGAAGAGAGUCGAAGCUCCCAGAUUUGAAACGAUUCAACGAGGCCAGUCGAGUUUGCAAGAGGAGAGCACGUCUAUGGUGAAUGAUUCCUGUAAACCACAAAGACAGUCUUUGCAAGAUUUAUUAGAGAACACUGCUAUGCUGUACUGUGCAGCCACUGGCACUCAUCAGGAUGAUUUAUCCAGUUACGUUGAUAGUUUAGAUGUUGCACAGAGUACACAAUGGCUAGAGAUCUGUAACAAUUAUAUUAUUUAG